AUGGCUGAUUGGCUCACCAAAGAACUUGAACGAAAACGAACCACUUUCGAAAGCGAUGAUUUUGUGCGGCCUUCACCAACACGUAUCAAAGAAUGGAAUGACACGCUGAAAGAAGAAUUCUCCUCGUUAAGCGGUAGAUCCAGCGGACGUCGAAGUGUCUUGCGUCGCGCGCGGGAUGUUAUGCGAAAUGUUCUGCACAGCGUUGGCCCUGAAGUACUGUUGUUGCUUGUCACGACAGUGAAAAUAGCAAAGAGGGCAACAUUGGAUUCCAAGACGCUCGUGCCUGAACUGCGGACGUGGUGGGCUGCGGUCUUACACCCUCCAGCGCUCACUGCAGUCGCCAACACUUGUUUCAAAGCGCGUAGUCAAACAACACUAACUCAAGAAAUUCCGACCAAAGCCAUCUCUACUAGACAACGAGCAGUGCACGAAUUUGAACAUGCUAUCGUCCUCGCGUCGCAGAGCAUCCCGGACUUAAACGAUCGGAAAGCAUGGCUUAUGAGUACUCUCGUUCAUGUGCAAUUGCUGCAACAAUCCAGCUGCACUGACGAGACAGCAGAUCGUCUCCACGUCGCUGAGAUAGCGGAUCUGAAUGAGAUAGAAAGUUAUCUCGGGCGCUAUCUUUAUUUACGUGUUCAGGCUAGUCACACAAGACGCACCGAGGAGCUGGAUGGCUUUAAAGGCACGAACGCCGUUCGUCUGUACCUUGCGCAUGAGCUUGGCGUGGAUUUCAGAUUAGAGGUCAAGAUAGAUACUUUGUAUGCGAAGCCCAUCAGCGAAAAUGCACGGUCAAUGGGUGACUGGGAGGAGAUACUUGGGACCUUCCUUUACGCAGGUAUGAAGGCUAGCAGAUCAAGGAAGGUUGAGGAAGAGCUGGGAUUGAAGCUCACUGGCGCUGCAAGUAUCUCAUUUCCAGAGGACGGUGCCUACGAUAGCAAACUGAACGUCAUGUUAGAUUUCGACUCAGGCUAUAAGGCGUGGCUAGGCUUAUUUCGUCGCUAA